AUGUCUACCCCCCGUGUUUGGCUCAUCACCGGCUCCUCAACCGGCUUCGGCCGCGAGACCGUCAUCCAAGCGCUCGAGAGCGGCGACAAGGUCGUCGCGACGCUCCGGAAGCCCGCCGCGCUCGAAGACCUCGCAAAGAAGUACAGCGCGGACCGCCUCCUCAUCGUGAAGCUUGACGUCACGAAGCCGGAGGACAUCGACGCCGCGUUCAACGAGGCUGUGCCGGACGACGUCUCCCGCCCGCUCUUCGAGGUCAACUUCUGGGGCGCGGUGCACGUCUCGCAGCGCGCGGUCACGUUCUUCCGUGAGGAGAACAAGCCGCAGGGUGGGAAGCAUGCUCUCGAGGGCUUCAGCGAGUCUCUUGCGAAGGAGGUUGACCCAGCCUGGAACAUCAAGGUUGCCAUCUUGGAGCCCGGCGCGUUCAAGACCUCCGUUUUCAACCUCGACACCAGCAUGGUGAUGGUCCCCCCACACCCAGCAUAUGCCAAUCCCGCGCUGCCCGUAUACAACUUCCGCGGCGCGUUCCUCAAGGGCGCUGGCAAGGAGGCCGACACCCCCGCGGACCUCGCUCCCGCCGACGUGUCGCUUGCGGUCGCCAAGGUCAUCGAGUUCUCCAAGCUGUCGAGCCCGCCAUUGCACUUCCCGCUCGGAAAGGACUCGAUCGGGCUCAUCCGCGAGAAGAUCAAGACGUUGACGGAGGAGAUCGACAAGUACGAGUCCUGGUCUGAUAACCUGGGCAAGUAG